AUGUUAAUUCGAGGCGGCGUGAAAUUAACAGCCGCUGCAGCCCUUUGUGCGGCCGCUGCCGCCGACUUAAACACACAACGGUGGUAUCGAGUAGACACCACUCGAAUCAGCGAAGAUCUAAAGAAGAAGUUUGUACAGCUGCACCCGGAUGAGGAAACUAAGGAGUUCCUAUCUGUCUCCAUCGACAAAUCCUCGUGGGUCUGGACCCAGAUAUGGUACCUGCUCGCGAAAGCUGUCCUACGACAUUUCUGGUCCAUCACCGAUAUAAACGGAUCGUUGCUGACGUCGCACAACUCGCCGGGCGCGUCCGGAGACCGUUCUGUGAACGCGCUCUGUAAGCGAUCGCGGCGGGUGUCUAUAGCGGAGCAC